ACUCCGGACCGAUUGGACGCGUUUGAGCGCUUGGCCAAGAAAAAGCGAAUAUUUUCCGCUCGGGGCUACGCGUGCGCGUCUCUGCAAAGUCAAAAUCAAAGACAAACGCAAAACCAAAAGCCAAAGGCAAACGUAAACGCAAACACAAAGUAACAACUUCGACGGUCGAAAUUACCGGUUUUUUUUUCGCCAGCACUCCGGCUCUCUGUGAAUUUUUUGCGCGCGGUCUUUCCUUUGGCUGCUCUUUUCCGAAAAGUGCGUUGGCUUUUCCCAAACAGCUAAACAACACCCCGCGCUUUCCACCGCGAAAAUACAUAGCACACCGGUUGGGGUCAUAGUCUGUUUACUAUUUCGCACGGAAUUCCCCGAAUCCAAAUAGUUUUAUCAGUUUAACAGUGCAAAUGUGAGGCCAGCCAGACUCUGGCGAGUGCUAAUUAUAAUAUAUUGUGUUAAUAAUAAUAAUAAAUAAAAAAAAAAAAACAAGUUGCAAGAGGAAAACACGGAUGCGCGAGUGUAAAUGCCAUAUUAUAAAUAUUUAACAAUGCAGCCGUGCAGCUAAAGCGGAUUAUUGGCCACCGACGCGUGGAAAUUCAGCAGUAGAGCAAACAAAGGCCUGCGUGGGCUCGCAUUAUCUUGAGGAAAUACAGAUGGCCACGCCCCCAGCACCGCCCACCGAUGAUAAUUGAAUAGGAACAUUAAUUGCACUGUGGUUUGUUGGUUCUCGCACCACACCCACACUCGCGCGCACACACACACGGCACAGAAUUACAGAAGGGAAGGAGUACACACACUCACACACACACACACGCAUCGAGCGCAAUCAGGAUACGUGAUUGAGUCAUGCGGACGGGGGAGCCACCUCACAGGUGGAGCCACCUGGGCCUCCUGCCCCUUGUGCUCCUUGCGCUCCUGCUGCUGCCAUCAUCGCUCGUCGAGAGCUACCUGAUUAUCGUGCACGAGGACACGCCCCCUGGCACCAUUAUCUUCAACGCCUCCGUCUACAAACUGGGCUCGGAGCGGCACUACAAGAUCAAUGCCCACAAAUCGGCCAACUUUGUGCACCACCUCGUCUCGGUUAGCCACAAAGAUGGCCAGAUUCAGCUGAGGAAGGCCCUCAAGUGCGACGGCAUCUACUACCCGAAUCUGUUCACCUUUUACGUGGACUCCACCUCGAAUCGGUUGCGCAGCAUCGAUUACUACAGUCUGCCGGUGCGGAUCUUCAUUUCGGGUCACAGUUGCAACGAGGACAGGCGGAUAGAGCAGGAGUUGCACCACCACCACUACGAGGAGGAGGACAACACGGGCUACUCGAAGCGGAGAAGAAGGCGCUCCACCCAGGAGAUAAUCCAACUGGAUGGCAACCAGCUGGAGGAGGCGUUCCGCCAGAAUAGCACGGAGUUCAGAGCCGGAGACUUAAUCUUUGGCGACAGCUUCGAAAAUGAGAUGCGGCACAGGAUACUGAGUCGCAAGAGGAGAGCUGUGGGUUCAUCGGAUCCGCUGCACUUGCAACCCGCCUUGCACCGCCGGAUUUCCGAUGCCAAGCAGUGGAUCUCGGAAACGUAUGCUUCUUAUGCAAUCCACACCACGGAUAAGUGGAAUCAAAUUUGCUUGAGAAGAUCGCAGUUCAUCAACAGCCUUAAUGCCUUUCUGCCGAAGUCAGUUUGUCAGCACUGCAAAGUUACUUUUCUGGAUGUGAACGACGAGAGAUUCGCCAUCGAACAUCAGAGCAGGGAUUUGGUGGCCAGCAGGGAUGUCUGCAUUGCGGAGUCCAUGUGGAAAGUGAGCAUUACAUUCAACAUCCGCUGCGAUCGGCGGGAUAUCGUGGAUUCGGAUCACCGUCUGAAGAUCGUGUACCAUCAUCAGGAGUUCAACGAUACGGAUAUCGCGCGAAGGGUUCGAAGGGAGUUGCGUAACCAGUCGCCAUACUUCGAACAAGCUCUUUACGUAGCCGCCGUGCUGGAGGAGCAACCUGCAGGCUCUGCAGUUACAACUGUGCGUGCUCGAGAUCCCGAGGACUCCCCAGUGGUUUACUCCAUGGUCUCCCUGCUGGACUCGCGAUCUCAGUCGCUGUUUAAGGUGGAUUCCAGAACCGGCGUGGUUACCACCUCUGCCAGUUUGGAUCGGGAGCUAAUGGACGUGCACUACUUUAGGGUGGUGGCCACCGAUGACAGCUUUCCACCGAGAUCCGGUACCACCACCCUUCAGGUUAAUGUCCUGGACUGCAAUGAUCAUAGUCCCACUUUCGAGGCGGAACAGUUCGAGGCGAGUAUCCGCGAAGGAGCCACCGUGGGAUCCACGGUCAUUACUCUUAGAGCAACUGAUCAGGACAUUGGCAAAAAUGCGGAAAUCGAGUAUGGAAUCGAGGCAGUUACAGAUGGCGCUGGAUUGGCUCAGGACCAGGAGAUGCCCAUUUUCCGGAUAGACUCCCGCUCGGGUGUGAUCUCAACGAGGAGCAGUCUGGACCGGGAGACAUCGGAUAGUUACCACCUUUUGGUCACCGCUGCUGAUAUGGCAUCAGCACAAAGCGAACGAAGGACAGCCACGGCUAGUGUUCAAGUGAAAGUCCUCGAUGACAACGACAACUAUCCGCAGUUCAGUGAACGCACCUACACAGUUCAAGUUCCUGAGGAUCAGUGGGGAGGAACUGAGGAUAAUACAGUGGCCCACAUCCGAGCCACAGAUGCGGAUCAAGGAAACAAUGCAGCCAUUCGAUAUGCAAUUAUCGGAGGAAACACGCAGUCACAGUUCUCUAUCGACUCAAUGUCUGGUGAUGUGAGUCUGGUGAAACCGCUGGACUACGAGAGUGUACGAAGUUACCGGUUGGUGAUUCGUGCUCAGGAUGGAGGAAGUCCCUCGAGGAGCAACACCACCCAGCUUCUGGUCAACGUCAUCGAUGCAAAUGACAAUGCGCCGAGGUUUUAUACUUCGCAGUUCCAGGAAAGUGUUUUAGAGAAUGUACCAGUUGGAUAUAACAUAAUAAGGGUACAAGCCUAUGAUUCUGAUGAAGGUGCCAAUGCAGAGAUUACUUAUAGUAUUUCCGAGAGAGAUGACAACUUCCCGCUAGCCGUGGAUCCUCGAACUGGUUGGGUACAGACUAUAAAGCCACUGGAUCGUGAGGAGCAGGGACGCUUUGCAUUUCAAGUGGUGGCAAAAGAUGGUGGUGUGCCACCCAAGUCAGCCAGUUCCUCAGUGGUGAUUACCGUACAGGAUGUAAACGACAACGAUCCCGCCUUUAAUCCAAAGUAUUACGAGGCGAAUGUGGGUGAGGAUCAACCGCCAGGCACUCCGGUGACCACAGUCACAGCUACCGAUCCGGAUGAAGAUUCCCGAUUGCAUUACGAGAUCACUACGGGAAAUACAAGAGGAAGAUUUGCAAUUACUUCUCAAAAUGGACGAGGUUUGAUUACGAUUGCUCAGUCGCUGGAUUACAAACAGGAGAAGCGAUUCCUGCUCACAGUGGCGGCCACUGAUUCUGGAGGAAGAUCCGAUACUGCUACUGUGCACAUAAACAUUACAGAUGCGAAUAACUUUGCUCCGAUCUUCGAGAAUGCUCCAUACAGCGCUUCGGUGUUUGAAGAUGCUCCUGUUGGCACCACUGUCCUCGUGGUCUCUGCCACCGACAGCGAUGUUGGAGUGAAUGCGCAGAUCACUUACUCCCUGAAUGAGGAGAGCAUCAAUGGCUUGGGUAGUCCAGAUCCGUUUUCUAUUAAUCCGCAAACGGGUGCCAUUGUUACCAAUGCUCCUCUAGAUCGAGAAACUACAAGUGGUUAUCUUCUGACAGUAACUGCCAAGGAUGGCGGUAAUCCUUCCUUAAGUGACACAACGGAUGUGGAAAUCGGAGUGACUGAUGUGAAUGAUAAUGCUCCUACUUUCAAGAGCCCAUUGUACCAGGCUUCCAUUCUGGAGGAUGCCCUUGUAGGCACUUCAGUCAUCCAAGUGGCAGCGAGCGACCCGGAUGUGGGACUUAAUGGUCGCAUUAAAUAUUUACUAAGUGAUCGCGAUAUAGAAGACGGUUCUUUUGUGAUCGAUCCCACUUCGGGUACUAUUCGAACUAACAAGGGAUUAGAUAGGGAAAGUGUAGCUGUGUUCCACUUGACUGCUAUUGCUGUAGACAAGGGAUCACCACCACUUUCCAGCACAGUGGAAGUGCAAAUCCGACUGGAGGAUGUUAAUGAUUCACCACCGACUUUUGCCUCGGAUAAGAUCACACUCUAUGUGCCGGAGAAUUCACCAGUAGGUUCUGUAGUAGGUGAAAUUCAUGCUCACGAUCCUGAUGAAGGUGUAAAUGCAGUGGUGCACUACUCCAUCAUCGGUGGAGAUGACUCCAAUGCUUUCUCUUUGGUAACUCGGCCUGGAUCUGAAAGAGCUCAACUGUUGACCAUGACAGAACUGGAUUAUGAAUCCACUCGAAAGCGAUUUGAGUUGGUGGUUCGAGCAGCCAGUCCUCCUUUGCGCAACGAUGCCCACAUUGAGAUCCUUGUCACGGAUGUGAACGAUAAUGCUCCAGUGCUGCGAGACUUCCAGGUGAUUUUUAACAAUUUCCGAGAUCACUUCCCUAGUGGGGAAAUCGGAAGAAUUCCUGCUUUCGAUGCGGAUGUGAGUGAUAAGCUCCACUACAGAAUAUUGUCGGGAAAUAAUGCGAACUUGCUACGUUUGAAUAGCAGCUCGGGAGGAUUGGUACUCAGUCCUCAGCUGAACACCAAUGUACCCAAAUUCGCCACCAUGGAAGUUUCCGUAUCGGAUGGAAUCAACGAGGCCAAGGCGAUAAUGCAACUGUCUGUUCGUUUGAUCACCGAAGAUAUGCUCUUUAAUUCUGUUACAGUGAGAUUGAAUGAGAUGACGGAGGAGGCUUUUCUGUCUCCUCUGCUCAACUUUUUGGAUGGACUAGCUGCCAUAAUUCCCUGUCCCAAGGAGCACAUAUUUGUGUUUAGCAUUCAGGAUGACACGGAUGUUAGUUCACGUAUUUUGAAUGUCAGCUUCUCAGCCCGUCGACCAGAUGUUUCCCAUGAGGAAUUCUACACGCCGCAGUAUCUGCAAGAGCGAGUCUACUUGAAUAGAGCUAUCCUAGCUCGCUUGGCCACCGUGGAAGUCCUUCCCUUCGACGAUAACCUUUGUGUGCGGGAGCCCUGCUUGAAUUUCGAAGAGUGUUUAACUGUCCUGAAGUUCGGCAAUGCCUCGGAGUUUAUCCACAGCGAUACUGUGCUCUUCAGACCGAUCUAUCCUGUAAAUACGUUCGCAUGCUCCUGUCCGGAAGGUUUUACUGGCAGUAAGGAACACUAUCUGUGCGACACGGAGGUGGAUCUGUGCUACUCGGAUCCCUGCCAGAAUGGAGGAAGUUGCGUGAGAAGAGAGGGAGGUUACACCUGCGUGUGUCCAACCACACACACUGGUUUAAAUUGUGAAACUGGAGUAAAUCAGCUGCGUCCUUGUCCCUCGGAUUCUUGCGAAGGUGGCUUGUCCUGCCUGAGUAAUUAUCCCAGCUCCCAGCCUCCUCCUUACACAGCAGCCUGCGAAUUGAGAGCUCGAGCCUUCGGCCGGAACUCCUUCCUGACCUUCGAGAGUCUGAAGCAAAGACAUCGCUUCAAUAUUAAACUACGAUUUGCUACCGUCCAGGAGAACGGAUUGCUGCUCUACAAUGGAAGAUACAACGAACUGCACGACUUUGUUGCCUUGGAGAUUCACGAAGGACAUGUUAGCUUCUCCUUCUCCUUGGGUGAUCACAGUGAAAGAGUUUCCGUGAUUCAGGAAGCAAAGGUUUCCGAUGGAAAGUGGCACGAAGUGGAGGUGGUCUAUCUCAACCGCAGUGUCACCUUAGUUUUAGAUAAUUGUGACACCGCCAUCGCGCUUUCGGGUCAAUUGGGUGACAGAUGGAGCUGUGCUAAUCGCACUGUUUUGAAAUUGGACAAACGCUGCUCACUGCUCACUGAGACCUGCCAUCGAUUCCUGGAUCUCACAGGACCUUUGCAAGUGGGCGGACUUCCUCGCAUUCCAGCCCAUUUUCCGGUGGCCAAUCGUGAUUAUGUGGGUUGCAUCUCGGAUCUGCGCAUCGAUGAUCGGUUUAUUGAUCUGAAUUCAUAUGUGGCUGAUAAUGGAACACUGGCAGGUUGUCCUCAGAAAGCUCCUCUCUGCCAAUCCGAACCUUGUUUCAAUGGAGGCACCUGUCGCGAGGGUUGGGGAACUUACUCCUGCGAGUGUCCCGAAGGAUAUGCGGGCAACAGCUGCCAGGACAAUAUACCAGCUCCCUGGCGUUUCUCCGGAGAUGGAAGCCUCAGCUUCAAUCCUCUACUAAGACCCAUCCAACUACCCUGGACCACCUCAUUCUCACUACGCACUCGACAAAAGGAGGCUUUCCUUCUUCAAAUUCAAAUUGGACAAAACAGUUCUGCGGCGGUUUGCCUUCGGCAAGGAAUCCUCUAUUACAUCUUCGAUGGAGAACCUAUGUUUUUGGCUGGAGCCUUCCUCUCCGAUGGCGAGUGGCACAGAGUGGAAAUUCGUUGGCAACAGGGCUCCGAGAUCCACUUCUCGGUGGAUUAUGGACAACGUUCUGGUUCGGUUCCCAUGUCUCAGAAGGUUCAAGGACUCUAUGUGGGCAAGAUUGUGAUGGGCAGUCCGGAUGGUAGCAUUGGAUCUGUCCCCGAAGCUUCUCCCUUCGAAGGUUGCAUUCAGGAUGUGCGAAUUGGAGCGGGACAAUCGGUUCUUUCACGGCCAACUAUACGUGAGAAUGUGGAAGAUGGCUGCGAAUCGCGGGCUCAGUGUCCAGAUCAUUGUCCCAAUCACUCCUCUUGCCAAAGUACUUGGGAUCUGUCCACCUGCGAGUGUGAUUCCGGUUUCGUGGGUGCUGACUGUGCCCCCAUUUGUACAGUGAGACCCUGUGCCUCUGGAGUUUGCAGAGCAAAUACUAGUUUAUCUCGGGGUUACGGAUGCGAAUGCAACACCAGUUCCCGACAUGGAGACUACUGCGAAAGAGAACUCCAGCAACCGUGUCCUGGUGGGUGGUGGGGAGAGCGAGUGUGUGGACCAUGCAGAUGUGAUCUGGCUCAGGGUUACCACCCUGAUUGCAACAAGACCACUGGACAGUGCUACUGCAAGACGAACCACUACCAACCGCCCAACGAGACGGCCUGUCUCUCCUGCGAUUGCUACUCCAUUGGAAGUUUCAGUGGUGCCUGCAAUCCGCUGACAGGACAAUGCGAGUGUCGCGAAGGAGUCAUCGGCCGGAGAUGCGACUCCUGCUCGAAUCCCUAUGCCGAGGUCACACUCAGUGGCUGCGAAGUGGUCUACGAUGCCUGUCCGCGAUCCUUUGCUGGAGGAGUCUGGUGGCCAAGAACUCCAAUCGGAGGUGUGGCCAUCGAGGGAUGUCCUGCGCCAGCUCGCGGUAAGGGUCAACGCAACUGCGAUGCUCAAUCAGGCAGUUGGAACACACCGGACAUGUACAACUGCACCUCGGAGCCUUUUGUGGAGCUGCGCCGGCAAUUAUCCCAGUUGGAGAAACUCGAACUGGAACUUAACUCUUUUGUGGCCAUAAAAAUGGCAGAGCAACUGAGAAAAGCCUGUGAAACGGUGGACAGAAGGGGUUCCAGCAAGGAUCAAAAAAUGCCUGGAUCAGGUCGUCCCAACAGGCGCUACAAAAUGGAGUCCUCUUUCCUCUUAAGCAAUGGUGGAAAUGUCUGGUCACACGAACUUGAGAUGGAUUAUCUAUCAGAUGAACUGAAAUUCACCCAUGAUCGACUGUAUGGCGCCGAUCUCUUGGUGACCGAAGGUCUUUUGCAGGAGCUGAUCAACUACGAACUAAUGCAAAGUGGUCUGAAUUUGUCACACAGUCAGGACAAGUACUUCAUCAAGAAUUUGGUGGACGCUGCUAGUGUUAUUUUGGAUCGGAAAUACGAGGCAGAAUGGAGAAGAGCCACGGAAUUGAUCCAGCGGGGACCAGAUGAUCUGGUGGAUGCCUUCAACAAGUAUCUAGUAGUUCUAGCUCGCUCUCAGCACGACACCUACACCAGUCCCUUUGAAAUUGUGCAGCCAAACAUGGCCCUCGGCUUGGAUAUUGUCACCACAGAAUCUCUUUUUGGUUAUGAGCCAGAGCAGCUAAGUGAAUACCAUCGGAGCAAGUACCUCAAACCGAAUGCCUUCACCACAGAGAGUGUGGUGCUACCCGAUACCAGUGGAUUCCUUCAACAUUCAGCUCGCCAGAGGCCAGUGAUCAGCUUCCCCAAGUACAACAAUUACAUCUUGGAUCGCCGCAAGUUCGAUCAGCACACCAAGGUGUUGGUUCCCCUGGAAAUGUUGGGAAUCACGCCACCGGAAAGUGAUGAGGUCUCUCAAAGUAGUCGAAGGGGUGGCAGCCAUGACCAUCGAGCCAUCGUGGCGUAUGCGCAAUAUAAAGAUGUGGGUCAACUACUCCCAGAUCUUUAUGAUGAAACAAUCACCCGUCGUUGGGGUGUGGAUGUCGAGCUAGCCACUCCAAUUCUGUCCCUGCAGAUUCUUGUACCUUCGAUGGAACGAGAACAGGAGACCCAACGCAUGGAGAUUCCCCCGAGGAAGAUCUCCUCAUCUUCAACAUCCUCUUCAUCAGGCAGCACAGAGCAACAGUUCGUGGAGGUUUUCGAUGUACCCAAAGCUCCAACAAGUAGUAGUGAACAACAGAUAGAGGAUAUCAGGAUAACAGCUCAUGAAAUUCCGCCUCCAGUUUCUUCGGGAGAACAAAUGGAGGCGUCAAGUGGCGAGGAUGGUGAAGAAAGGGAACACCACAUUCGCUUGAACCCCGAUGACAUCGAAUUCCAUGGAAACUCUGGCGAGGAGAUCGUAUCUCCAGAUUCUCCGGAGAUACUCAAUCCAAAUUACGAAGGUGUAAGCUCAACGGGAAGUGAUGAGCAGCCAAAGGGUGAGAAUGAGGCGGUUUACAGGGAUCGCCGAUUGGUCAAAAGACAGGUGGAAAUCACAUAUCCAUCAGAGCAAAUGCAGCAAUCGGAGCAAGUGGUCUAUCGAUCCUUGGGUUCACCUCAUUUGGCACAACCAAUUAAAUUGCAAAUGUGGUUGGAUGUCGAUGCAGCUCGAUUUGGACCUCGUUCUAAUCCGCAGUGCGUUCGCUGGAACUCCUUUACCAAUCAAUGGACCAGAUUGGGUUGUCAGACAGAGAUUCCCGACUUUGAUGGUGACUUCAACCCGGCGGCACAACAAGCGAUCCUGGUGAAUUGCAGCUGCACCCACAUUUCUAGCUAUGCAGUUAUUGUGGAUGUAAUCGAUCCGGAGGAUAUUCCCGAACCUUCGCUUCUAGUGCAGAUCACCUCGUACUCCGCUUUUCUGGUUUCACUUCCCCUGCUGCUUGGAGUGCUUUUGGCCUUGGCCCUUUUACGAGGCCAACAAACCAACUCCAAUACCAUCCAUCAAAACAUUGUUCUCUGUGUCUUCUGCGCGGAGCUGCUCUUCUUCGUGGGAAUGCAAUCGCGUCGGCAACUUUUGGAGAGCGAAUUCCCAUGCAAGUUGACCGCCAUCUGCCUCCAUUACUUCUGGUUAGCUGCCUUUGCCUGGACAACGGUGGACUGCGUCCAUCUCUACAGGAUGCUCACCGAGAUGCGGGACAUAAACCACGGACCCAUGGGCUUCUACUUCGCCAUGGGCUACGGAGCACCAGCCAUCGUCGUCGGACUUUCUGUGGGUGUUCGGGCCCACGAAUAUGGAAAUAGCUUAUUCUGCUGGUUGUCUGUCUACGAACCCGUGGUGUGGUGGCUGGUGGGUCCGAUUGCGGGCAUGUCGGUGGUAAACCUGCUCAUCCUGUUCGUCUCCGUGAAAGCCGCGUUUACCCUCAAGGAUCACGUCCUCGGAUUCGGCAACUUGCGAACCCUUCUAUGGCUCUCGGUGGUCUCACUGCCUCUGAUGGGAGUUAUGUGGGUCCUGGCAGUGCUGGCGGCUUCGGAGCACUCCCAGCUGCUGAGCAUGUUACUCUCGGGCGUGGUGCUCCUCCACGCCCUCUUCUGCCUCAUUGGAUACUGCAUAAUCAACAAGCGGGUGAGGGAGAACCUCCAGCGCACCUGUCUGCGUUGCAUGGGUCGCAAGGUGCCGCUCUUGGACUCCUCCAUGGUGGUCAGCAACAGUUCUCACAACGUUAAUGGAGCAGCGAGGCCGAGCAACUUCCUGGCUGGAGGAUAUGAUACCACAACCAGAAGGAAUAUCGGCAUCAGUGCUAGUAGCACCACCUCCAGAAGUACGGCCAAAACUAGUUCUAGUCCCUACAGUGAUGGCCAGCUGAGGCAGACCUCCACAUCCACCUCGAACUAUAAUUCAGCCAGCGAUGCUCCCAGUUUCCUAAGGGGCUUUGAGUCCUCCACAACUGGAAGAAGUAGGAACACUGGUGAGGAGAAGCCAUCGCGUCGGCAGAGAAAGGACUCGGAUUCCGGUUCGGAAACAGAUGGAAGAUCCCUGGAGCUAGCCAGUAGUCACUCCAGUGAUGAUGAUGAAUCCCGAACAGCUCGAUCUUCGGGAACACAUCGCAGCACGGCUGUGAGUUCAACGCCUGCCUAUCUGCCAAAUAUCACGGAGCACGUGCAGGCCACCACUCCGCCGGAACUGAAUGUGGUGCAGAGUCCGCAGCUCUUCCCGAGUGUCAGCAAACCCGUUUAUGCUCCCCGUUGGUCGAGUCAGCUUCCGGAUGCCUAUCUGCAGUCGCCUCCGAAUAUUGGAAGAUGGUCGCAGGACACGGGUUCCGAUAACGAGCAUGUUCACGGGCAGGCCAAGAUGACCAUCUCGCCGAACCCGCUGCCCAAUCCCGAUCUCACGGACACCAGUUACCUGCAGCAGCACCACAACAAGAUCAACAUGCCUCCUUCGAUCCUGGAGAAUAUUCGGGAUGCACGCGAUGGCUACGAGGAUAGUUUGUACGGACGAAGGGGCGAGUAUCCCGAUAAGUAUGGAUCCUACAAGCCACCCAGUCACUAUGGCAGCGAAAAGGAUUAUCCCGGCGGAGGAAGUGGCUCCCAAACCAUCGGUCACAUGAGGAGUUUCCACCCGGAUGCGGCGUACUUGAGUGACAACAUAUACGACAAGCAGCGAACCCUGGGAAGUGGUUACCUGGGAGCCAAGUCGGAAUCGCCUUACCUGUCGAAGGAUCGCAUCACCCCCGAUAUCUAUGGAUCCAGAGAUGGUCACUACAGCCUGAAGAGGCAGCCCACUUAUGCCACGGACUCCUUGCAUUCGGUGCACUCGCUGCUGAAGAACGAUUACCACCAGCAGCAGCAGCAGCAACUCCACCAGCAGCAGCACCACUUGCAGGACAGACUGUCGGAGGGAUCGGAUAAGAACGGAUACCACUUCCCCUACACCGCCGAGGAGGACCACCUGCCCGCCAGGAAGCUGAGCCACACGCAACCACCCUCGCUCCACGGAUCCCAGUUGAUGCAGCCACCUGGAUUGGGUCUCGUCAACGAUGUGAACAAUCCGGGCUUGGUAGCUCGGCAUCCCCUCAAUGGAGGUUCCCGGCACAGUUCCCGAGCCUCCUCUCCGCCAUCGAGUAUGGUGGCUCCCAUGCAGCCACUGGGACCACUUACCAGCAUCACGGAUACUGAGCGGAAUAUUGAUGACGACGAGACCACAGUGUGACGACUGUCCCAGCAGCAAGAAAAGCAGCAACGACUGAAGCUGCAACAGCUGCAGAAGCAGCGGCAGAAGCAGAAGCAGCAGCAGCACCACCUGCAACAACUGCAGCAACAGCGCAGCAAGCAAAAAACGCAAUACUUUGCCACCAUUAGACGCAAGCCACAGUACAGGAUUCACACGGAGGACUGAGGUCCUUCGGCGAAAUUCUUAGCAUACUUUGUGGAGCAGCUGCCAUCAUUGAAACUUUGUACAUACACGCACCCACUUAAAUUUACGUAAAUACGGCUUAGUUUGCCCCCACAAACUUAAAUGAGUGUGGGCACAAUUAUUUAUACGAUCCUUAGCACUUACAUUAUUUAAAAGCGCCAGUUGCAUUUCGUUUGGAAUUGCAUAUUUCGUAUGCACACACGGACACAGAAAUACUCAGCUUUAGCCUUGUGUAUGUAUUAUAAAUUAUAAUGUAUAAUUAUGUAUCGAAACAAGAGUCAGACUGAUUUUAUGCAUUUUACUUUCUGCUGUUAAAUUUAAGCCCCAUCCCAAAAACAUUCAGCCGACAUGUUCAUGCAUUUAGGUCCAAUUAACAUCUGUGUAGCCCCAAGUCCGAUGUAGAAUCGGAAUAAAAGCGGGACUGCGUCAUUAGUUAGAGCAAACUGCAAGUAAACAAAGUCUAAGGUAGAAGAACGUUGUGUGCCUCGAGCUUAUUAUGCCAAAUUAGUUGAAGUCGACGGGGAACUUGUAAAUGGAAAAUAGCCAGAAAAAAGUUUGCAUUUCAUUUGCCUAGCAUCCGCACACGUUGCCAUUUAGUUUCGGAGUUAGUUUUAAUUGAUAGCAUGUACUUCUAUCUGUGCGAACGUUGCGAAUGUACAAUAAAAACUGGAUAGACGCCAGGAAAUAAAAUAAAUUCAGGACGCCCACUCGUAUUUAUGGGAAAUAUACACAGAGCACAAGGGCAACACACACACACAUAAGCGCAGCAUAGACAUAUCCAGCAAUAUAUAUACUCGUACACAUAUAUCUGUCUAAAAUAUCGAAGUCCUGGCUAGAAAGAGCUUGCUCAACCGUUUGAUCCCCGACUCAGCAAUAGCCACUCAUGUCCCUGUGAAGCGUGUACAAUUUAUAAAUAAUUCAUAAGCGGAACUUAUUGUAUUUAAACUAAACUCAACUGCCACUCGAUGUGGCCUCUACAUAAGCUAUGCAUUGCGCUGAAAUGUGGCACACAUUAUAUGAUAUUUAUGUGAAUUGACUUAUUUAAUUGUAAAUUAUACAAGUAUAUCAAUAUGAAUAAAAUGUGUAAAAUAUAUGGAGUAAA